UUGAGUGGGUACUGCAUAGUUGAGGUACCAAAUUCGAUUGGUGAUUUAAAGCAUUUACGGUACCUUGACCUUUCUUACACUGAAAUUAGAGGUUUGCCCGAAUCAACAACUACUCUAUACAACUUACAGACAAUGAUUCUGGAGGGAUGUUCUUAUCUAGAGCAAUUGCCUUCAAAUUUGGGCAACUUGGUCAACUUGCGCCACCUUAACAUUCUCAAUGCAACUAAGCUGGAAGGAAUGCCUCCUCAAAUAGGUAAAUUAACUCAUCUCCAAACAUUGUCUAAUCUAAUUGUGGGAAAAGGCAGUUGCUUCUCGUUAAGAGAGCUAGGUUCUUUGUCGCAUCUUCGAGGGACACUCCUCAUCUCACAAUUGGAGAAUGUCACUAAACCUAGGGAUGCAAGCGAUGCUAAGUUAAUUAAAAAGAUUGAUCUUACUACGUUGUGCUUGGAAUGGAGUGUCAACAUAGAUGAUUCACAAGAUAGAAGAAGUGAGUUUGACGUACUUAGCAUGUAACAACCUCACAAUGCUUUGUACGAGCUGACUAUCAAAUGCUAUGGUGGUACAAAAUUUCCAACAUGGUUUGGUCAUUCAUUUCUUCGUAUGGUGCUGCUAAGGAUUGAAAACUGUAAAAAGUGCACUUCAUUGCCACCAGUCGGCCAACUACCAUCACUCAAACAACUUUUCAUUAGAGGCAUGGCAAUUGUGGAGAAUAUUGGUGUUGAGUUUUAUGGGAAUGGUUCCUCACAACCUUUUAGAUCCUUGGAGGCUUUAUAUUUUGAGGAUAUGGAAAAAUGGGAGAAAUGGAGCCCUAAUGGAGAGUUCCCACACUUGCGUGAGCUUUCAAUUGCAAAUUGUCCUAAGCUAUUGGGGAAGUUACCAAACCAUUUUCCUUCAUUAGGAAAAGUUGUUAUACAAGGAUGUCAGCAGUUGGUUGUUUCUAUUUCAAACUUUCCUGAGCGUUGCAGACUACAAAUUGGAGGAUCCGAAGGGGUGAUGCGUGAAAAUAAGGUUGUCUUCAACUCACUAAAUUCCAAGUCUUUUUCAACAAUUUCAGAAUUCAAAUCUCCAAUAGAAGGGCUUAUUCUCGAAGGACUAGCACAUGUAGAAUAUCUAAAUAUUGAAAAUUGUGAGGAGUUGACACAUUUGUGGUCAAAUGAUGUGGGAUUAUUACAAUCCCUUCCACGUCUUCGUUACUUGAAGAUUGGCAAUUAUCAGAAACUAUAUCAUUUGGUAGAUGAAGCAAAAGAGCAACCAAAACAGGGUAUGCCAUCCACCCACAAUGGCAUGGAAUUUUUACCCAAGGAAAUCAUGUACAACAACACGUGUAUUGAGCGCAUUGAGAUUAGUGGAUGUGAUUCACUGAAGCACUUUGCAAUAGGCCAGCUACCUCCAACACUUAAGCGGCUAUGCAUACAGAAUUGCAAGAGUAUGAUAAUUUUACUUGAUGAGGAUGAUGCCAAUAGUUGCAAUACUAGCACAUCUCUUCUUGAGUUCUUGGAGAUUUGGAAGUGUCCAUCCCUCAAAUUCUUAACAUCUAGCGUAGAAUUAUUGGCAACACUUAAACACCUCGAUGUUAAAGAUUGUGGAAAGCUGGUGUCAAUAGCGAAAAGUGAAGAAUUACCUGCAACACUUCAACACCUUACAAUUUGGAAUUGUGGACAGCUGGAGUCAAUAGCGAAAAGUGAAGAAUUGCCUGCAACACUUCAACAGCUCAAUAUUAAAUAUUGUAGACAGCUGGAGUCAAUAGCGAAGAGCUUCCAUCACAACUCGUCUCUUGAAAAGAUUAAAAUUUGGAGGUGUGAAAACCUUAAAUCCUUACCCACGGGCAUACACACCCUCAGCCAUCUAGACACGAUUGAUAUUUAUAAUUGUCCAACUCUUGUUUCCUUCCCAGACGGAGGGUUGCUCCCUAGCAACCUUAGAGAGUUAACGAUUUUUGAUAAUGAUAUGGCCCUACCUAACUGCAUUCACAACAUCACCUCACUUCAAAAAUUGACGAUUAGCGGGGUAUCAUCCUUUUCGGAAGAGGGUUUUCCCGCAAACCUAACAUCACUUGAAAUCGUGUAUUGCAACAUCACUGAGGCCUUGCUUGAAUGGGGGCUGCAUAGGCUUACCUCUCUUCAACAUCUUUAUAUUCAAGGUGGAUGUCCGAAUGUGGAGUCAUUUCCAAAGAAGACGCUGCCUGCGUCUCUUGCUACCCUCGCCAUCUCAUGCUUCCAAAAUCUGAAAUACCUGUCUUCCCUUCGAGACCUCGCCUCUCUUCAACGACUGGAGAUCUAUUUUUGUAAAAAUCUCACAUCCUUUCCAGAGGAUGGCUUGCCUCCCUCACUCCAGAAACUCAUUAUCGAAAUGUGUCCUCUGCUGAAAAAACAUUGCAAGAAAGAUCAAGGACGAGAGUGGUCCAAGAUAGCCCACAUCCCUUGCGUUGUGAUUGAUAAUAGGUUCGUGUUUGACUCAUAAAAGGAGGAAUCCAUGCCUGACUCAGAAGAGGAGGAUUAAGGAGGUCUAUCGUCAAUUGACCCGCAGAUUUUGCUUAUUGUAAGACAACUGUUGAGAAAUAAAUCCAAAGAGCCGUGGGCGGGUCCACUAUGCAAGUCAUCGCCAUGAGCCACACAUCACGCUGUUCAAGAGGCCUCUAAACUGUUAGUAGCAGGAGGAGAAUAUGCAUCAUCCCCCACAAAUAUACUUGUAAUCUCUCCAACUAGACUUCAUAUUUUCCUAAGAAACAAUCUGGAUGUUGUGGAACUUAGGUUUGUAUAUUUGUUAAUUUUCCUGUUCGGAAAUUUUAUGCUUGUCAUUGGCAUUGCGUUGAUAUAAAAGGCUCUUUUGUUUUUGUCUGAAUGUUUGCGUUGGAGAGAUCUUGUUGCUCCUAUUUCUUAAUGUUCUUGUUGGGUUCACAUAAACGCACAACAGGUGUUUGUUGAAUUGCCUCACCGACCAAGCAGAGAGUGAAAGCCUCCGAACAUUGAAUUUUUUCAUUACUAUGAGUGCCUUUGUUGGCUUGACAAAAGGGAAGAAACCUGUAAGUUCAACACUGCCAGCCUAAACACCAAUUUCUCCAAUGAUUUGGCAUCACACCCUUGUAGUUGGAACCCAAAGUGUUCAAUGAAGAAAAUGUUGGUCCUGAAAAGGAUAUUGAUGCGUCUUUCAAGCAAAAUAGGUAUGGAGAAGAGGAGGGAUUAUCUUUAUGCAGUAUUCCCAGGAACAAACUGAUCCAGAUUAUGAAUAUAAAGAGUUUCAACCAGAAGGAGACUUCCCCAAUCACCCUCACUUUCACGGCACUUCUUCUACACUCAGCAGCCCACACAAGGCCAUCCUCUCAACUCUCAAUGCAAGCUGAUUGCUGGUUCCCAAGACAAGAUGAAGGCCGCCAUUUGUCAAGGAUUCCUGCAUGUCAGAUGUCCAUGUUUUCUGCUGGCUUUCAUCUCAGCUCAGCACACAAUUGUCCAGCUUCCAUGCUCCUUGUUUUCCUCUUAGUUUUCUGUUAUGUAAUUUAAUAUGUUCAUUGUUUUCUGUUAUGUAUUUCAGUCUUCUUUUCUCUUGUAAAAACACACGAGCCCUUUGGCUAUAUAUAUAUACAUGGUACU